AUGCUGGAUGAAGCAGAGAGUCAGUUAGAGAAUGGUGGCACAUGGCACAAUCCAGAGGCACCAGACGGUUAUGGCACAGAAAAAGACAGAGCCAAUUGCCCGUUUUACCUCAAAACUGGAGCCUGUAGAUUUGGUGAAAGGUGUUCCCGCAAGCACAGCUACCCAUCUUCGAGCCAGACGCUCCUUAUCCGUUGUAUGUUUAUUACAUUUGGUAUGGAGCAGUGUAGACGGGAUGAUUAUGACACGGACGCCAGCUUGGAAUAUGGCGAGGAAGAAAUUUACCAGCAGUUUUUGGAAUUCUACGAUGAUGUUAUACCUGAAUUUAAAAGUGUUGGACAAGUCAUCCAAUUCAAGGUUAGCUGUAAUUUUGAGCUUCAUUUAAGAGGAAACGUAUACGUACAAUAUCAGACGGAAGACGAGUGCGCACGGGCUUAUUCUUUGUUCAAUGGUCGUUGGUACGCAUCUCGUCAGCUUCAGUGUGAAUUCUCACCUGUCACCAAGUGGAAAUCUGCUAUAUGUGGGUUGUUUGAAAGGCAAAAAUGUCCUAGAGGAAAGCACUGUAAUUUCCUGCAUGUCUUCAAGAACCCAACUAAUGAAUUUUGGGAGGCCGACCGAGACCUUAACAUGUCACCAGACCGAAAUAAUCUCUCUGAACGUUGGGAGAGGUCAAGCCGAUAUGAUGACCAUGGAUUUUCCAGGAGACGCUACAGUCGCAGCCCAGAGAGCAGAAGAAAUGGGGAAUCGAGCAGGAAAAAGAGCAGCCACAACAAAAACAAGAAAAAACAUCGCUCACAUAGGUCAAGAAGGAGCCGGGGGAGGAAGAGCAAGAGCCGUUCCCGAUCCAGAUCCAGGAGCCGUGGGAGGAAGAGCAAGAGCCGUUCCCGAUCCAGGAGUAGGGGCAGGAAGAGCAAGAGCCGUUCCCGAUCCAGGAGCCGGGGGAGCCGGGGGAAGAAGAGCAAGAGCCGUUCCCGAUCCAGGAGUCGGGACAGGAAGAGCAAGAGCCGUUCCCGAUCCAGGACUAAAGAGAGUAACCCACAAAGCCCAGAUACAUGA